ACCAAACAGACGACUUGUUAGAGAACAGGGGACAGUGCAUACAUACACGCAGGAUAGGAUAAUAUUCAUCCUCUAAUAAUUCGUUCAUUCCUCCUCCUCCACUGCAGAGAACAGUGUUGUGACAAAAUCGCAUUUAAAUAACCACUCAUGUGCAUCUGCACUUGAAGAAGGUGUGCUAAUUUCUGCAAGUGCUUUUCAUACACAACUCGUCCAGUUUGCACGGUGCAUAAUAUUCUAAUAUAUAAAUACAUACGUACCAACUAGAUAUUUAGUUCUGAGACUUUCCUGGAGCAAGGCACAGUUUUGAAAGCUGCGAAAAAUUUCAUGUACAUACAUCACGUUAUAACGGUUCUUGGCUAAGCGAGAUAACCAACGCUACUGACUGAGCAGGUAAAUAAACUAGAGGAUCAUCACUCUGCCAGGCAACAACUCUUUUGUCCGGACAGGACCGAAUCUCAUUUAAUCUUCCAACACAUUAGUUCAGUAACACACGUCAAGAAAGGAGCAGCGUGUAUCAGGAAAAAAAUUAUAAACAUGAAUAAAACAGUGAUACUCCACUAAAUCAAAAGCGGUGCUAUAUAAGAACGUCCCAAAGUAAAAGUUAAACCAUUAUUGGUGCAGUAAUAAUUCUGAGACAAGAUCAAGCCAUUCGUCCUUUAAGGUAACCUUGUUUUCAAUUCGGAGAGUGGAUUACCGUUGGCUAUUGCGUCUCGUUUUUUCUCGUCUUGUUGAUCGUUGCUGGAGAAGUUGGCAGUGAUUGCCACACGAACUAAUAUAUUACUCAGCCCUGUCUUAUACGUAGAUCCAUAGGUGAAUAAGUAGAUCAACAGUCGUGCUUGAACUUGAGGUGCUCUUGAGUUCAUCAACUCGAGCAGAAUUACCGUGAUACACGAUACAGGACGACAACUGCGUGGUGAAAGUUGUCGAGCGAGGGAGGAAAUUGACAACGACGAGUCAUCGAAUGAGGAAGACGAGGACGGGGGUUGCCCCAUUCAUGAGAACCAAUGUCGUCUGACCCGAGCAGUCUGGAAAAACACGUGGUGGGCUAAAGUUAAGACGUACAAGCGCCCGAUUCACUCAACUUUUUAAGUGACAUUGAAAGUUCGACCGGAACUGUCUUGCUCUCCACAACUGCGCUAUUCUUACACACAACAUCCAAUUCAAAAUGGAUUAUUCAGACGUACUUGACCAGAAAUAUUAUAAAAAACGGACCAUUUUCAUUACCAACUAGAUCAUUCGCUUAAACGUGCAUUGUGUACACACACUCCCUCGCUAAUGAAAUAUUUGACGAGUGAAACUGUUUGUUGGGUGAUCGUUUUAACCAGUUUGAUUUCAUACCGGUGCGAGCAUAUUAGUUGGUGCUAGACAAACUAUUGUACAAGAAGGGAGUUCAACUUUUAGUGAUUUGUUAAACAAACCCGGUGAUAAGUCAACUUAAUAUUAAAAUAUCCGUGAUUAACUCAAAGAAAACAAAGUACAACAAAAUUUUCUCCAACUCUGUGACAUUUUAUCAGAAGAUAAAAACUAGAGUGUAACAGAUUACGAAACUUGUGCAUAGUUCGAACUUAAUAAUAUCCGUGACUCGAUUCAACUUGGAAUUAGUUUGGAGUUUAGUUUUUUUGUUGGGUGUUUGAUUGGCAACCAAAUAACCACCACACAUCGCAUCAUCGUCAUCCCCAAUUCAUGCAACUCAACACUAUUUCCUUCCUGAUUUAUUUAAUGCAACAUUAACUACGAGCCAUCAGCUACAAAUAUUUCGUGCUGGACAGAAGAGGGAGCAUUGAACUGGGAUGAACUUGAUACUUGAUAUUUGAAUCUGGAUGAUAAUUUUAGUGUUGUUAUUACUUUCGCUGUGGUGAUCGACUACAUACGUACAUUUCAUAUACUGACACGUUCUUAUCGGAACCGGAAGGAGGGUCAAACACGAAUAGCUCUUAUUCAUAUAUUCCAACCUUAUAAAACGGGUGACUGGAAUGAUUGUCUGAAACCACGAGGAUAUAUACAACGAAUUGAAAUGAACUUGUGUGUUUGCCAGACAAAUAUGUAUGUUUGUAAGUGCAAUUCGUGAACUAUCUGUCAAUAAAUAAUAACAGUGUACGCACGUCACACGUUCCUUCUGGAUGGCUGCCAGUUGACUAUCGUCCACUCUGAUUACUAUUAUUACAAGAUCAGAAAGAAGACCGAUCGAAGAUUGCCAAUAAAUUUUAACGGAAAGAACUCAAACAUUUUCGGGAAACAACGCCAAGUGAAAAUCGAUUUUCAGUUUUGGCAGUGGAGACUCAUUCUUGGAGCGUGAGUAAAGUUCAAGGGACUUGAAAUUGCUCGUGUCUGGAUCCUUGGGGGCACACAUUCUCAAGUCGUCUGACUUGCAAAAGUCCUCCACUCUCGACUAUACCACCACUACUACUUCCGCCCCAUUAAGACAGCAUCAACUCUUCCGCAGAUGACGCCAUUCCCUGGAAAAACUUUCUACUUCUCUUCUCUCAGAAGGAGUGCGCUUGAGGAGUGAGUACUAAUUGGAAGGAUGUUCAUGGGAUCUCAAACACGAUUUGCUACAGAAUGAAGGGAGUGCUUCACAAUGGAAUGAGCCUGUUCCAGGACCUCAAGUUGAAGAGGCGGAAGGUGGUGUCACGUUGUUCCUCGGACGGCGAGUCCAUCGGAACUUCAGAGUCCACGUCCAGCCUGUCCCCUGACCAGCCUCAGACCGGAGACACCUCUCCCAAGGGGGACAAAGAACGUUGUCUCACUCCGGAAGAGCUGGUAGCCCCCGGUUCAGUCUCCAAGUCCAAUGGUUUCCCCUCCCAGUUCUACUUCAUGAUGAAGAAUGAAAACUCUACCAACAACAAUAACUACGACACGAUAAAGGUAACGAAUGGACACAAGUCCACCGUGACGACGACGGCCAACGUCGUCGUGGUCAAGUCGGAACCAGGAGACGAUUCUUCCCCAUCUUCAUCCCCCGGACUGGAGGAACAAGCUCGCAAGAGUCCCAUCAAAAUUAGGGACACAACGAGUCCCUUCCACGGUGCCAAUAAGUCUCCUCCCCCGAAUCACAACGGUCACACGAACGGGAACCUGAGCAAUGGCAGAAUAAUGAGCAAUGGCUCCUCAAACAAGCACAACAAUAAAAACGGUCACGGAAGUGACUCUGACUCCGUGGCGAGCGUCAAGUCAGAAAGGAGUGUUGGGGGUGAGGAGGAAGAGGAGGGAGAAAAGGGUGACACGAGAAGGGACGAAAAGAUGGAGACAGACUUUGAGAUCCGGAGCACAGGGCCACAUUCGAUGUCCUCAUCUCCAAGAUCUCUCCUCUCAUCGGCGUCCUCUACGGGAUCUCGUGGAUCUCCGCCAUCAAGACCCCACAACGGCUUGAGCUCCUCUUCCCCACGAAGGAGUCCCCCGCAUCAGAAUGGGCUAAGGGACACCAACCCUUCCCUCAUCAUCACAAAAUCCAACAAGAGCGACAGCUACAGUCAAAGGUCGUCUCCCAUGAGCCACCACAGUGGAAGUAGUCGAGGUGGGUCUCCACCCAACAUUCUUAACUUGAAUUCCCACCACCUGCACCACCUACCUCCACAUUUGGCCAUGGCUAUGAACGGCCACGGCCCACCUCCUCCUGGUCUGUUCCAUGCCACCCAACUGCAUGCUCGACUGACUGAGAACCGAAGAGAUAGGGACGGGAGCAGUCCGUCUUCCUCCAUCUCGAAUAACAAUGCUAAUAUUAGUAGUAAUAAUGGCUCUCCUCACAAUACCAAUAUGACUCACCACUUAUCACAUGAUAAGGGAGGUUCGGGAGGAGAUCCUCCACUGUCCGUGGUCACUUCAACUAGUCUGUCAUUCCAUCAGGGUUCUCUGUACCGCAUUAAUGGUGUCCGACCGGAAGUAAUUUCUGGUGGAGCGGUCACACCCGUGUCUGGAUCACCACGACCUACGAGUAACGGGAGUGGGUCGCCUCCAUCCGGAACAACACCAAAUCCAUCACACCAACAACACCACCACCAAAACCACCCCCACCAUCAAUCCCAUCCUAAUAACCACCAUCAGUUGUUACCCAACGGUACUUCUGCUCAACACCUUCAUCCUCACAGUAAUGGUAUUGCUUUGAAUGGUCUCAAUCAUCACCUACCAUUUCCAAUCCAAGGAAACCGGAAGUCUCCUAAUUCUCACAUGUCUCGCUCUCCAAAUUCCUCUCCAAGCAACUCCAGCUCGUCAGGGUCAAUCCAGCAUUCUCCGGGCAGCACAGGCUCCGGCGGAGGAACCAUCAUUGCCGGAGGUAACAUUGGCAUGGUCAACUCUUCCACACCUCAAGCCAAUGGCACACACCAUGUCAACCUGAGUCGGACGCCGACAGUUAUCAUGGGAGAGGCAGGUGGCGUGCGAACCAUGCUUUGGUCUCAACCCGGCCAACCGAUCCCAAAUCCAUCUCUAGAAAUUGGGAUUGGAGGAUCCAGUCCCCCCGGAAGUGGGAGUUCUUCCCUCUCUUCGGGUGCGAGCAGCAACGGUUCCACGUACAACGGGCAUGGCGGCGAAUCUUCUUCUGGAAGCCACCCCGCAAUUCAGAAGGGGGUUUUGAGCAUGGAGCGUUUGUGGGCGUCGGAGGCUCUGAACUUGUCGACGGGUGCGAGUAACACCACAAAUGGACACGGGCCCAGUAUUACUAGUUUGACAAAUGGUCACUCGAACAAUGAUGACGACGAGUAUGAGCAGCCCAUGAUUUGCAUGAUUUGCGAAGAUAGAGCGACAGGCCUACAUUACGGAAUAAUCACGUGUGAAGGAUGCAAAGGCUUCUUCAAACGGACUGUACAAAAUCGAAGGGUAUAUACGUGCGUGGCAGAUGGUACCUGUGAAAUUACCAAGGCUCAGCGAAACCGGUGUCAGUACUGCCGAUUCAAAAAAUGCAUAGAGCAGGGAAUGGUCCUUCAAGCUGUUCGAGAAGACAGGAUGCCCGGUGGCAGAAACUCUGGGGCCGUCUACAAUCUUUAUAAAGUCCCCGUCAAGUACCGCAAGCACAAGAAGGGGGCUCGAGCGGGUGGUGCAGCGAACGGGAAGGGGGACAAGAUUAUGAACAACAAUAACAAUAGUAACACAAGCAGCAGCAAUCCCAGCCCAAACCCCACCCACAACAACAACUCGAACAAUUCGUGCAAUGGGUUGACCAACGGUGGUGGUGGAGGGUCCAACAACAGUCCCAAUAAUAAUGGUCUCACCUCCAUGCUCCCACCCCACCCAGGAAAUAUUCUGAUGGCAGCUUUGACGAGUCCCAAUGAAAGCAUCCCUCGGCGACAAAACAUGCCUUUCGACCAGGCGGCUAACAUGAUCAAUGCUCUGACAAUGUGUGACAACUUUCAUGACAUUGCAGCACUUCACAAUUGGGAAGAGUUGCUUGAAGCUCGUGGUGACCUGUCCGAUAAAUUGUGUGAAAUGGGGGACUCCAUCGUUUACCGACUGGUCCAAUGGACGAAACGACUUCCGUUCUAUGCCGAACUCCCCGUGGAGGUGCACACUCGAGUGCUAACCCACAAGUGGCAUGAACUCUUGGUACUGACCACAUCGGCAUGGCAUGCCAUGCACAGCCCCGCACCCCCUCCCGGCGUUAGCGCCGAGGAAGAGACGCUGGACAAUCUGCAAGUUCUCCAACGAUGUCUCCAGGCCAUGAUGGGCCGCUCUCUGACUCUCGAGCAGCUGAAGCAGGACGUGGGGCUCAUGGUGGAAAGACUUACGCAUCUCACUCGUACCUUCCGUAGACUGGGCAUCCGACUUGAAGAAUAUGUCAGUCUCAAAGUUAUUGCCAUGCUGCAAAAUACAGGCACAAAGGCCAAUGAGGUAUCCCAAAUUCAAGAACGUUAUAUUAAAGUCCUGAGGACGUUCCUUGAAGUGACUGUACCUUCUCAGCCGAAUCGGUUGACUGAACUGUUGCGUUGUCUGCCAGAGGUGCAAUCUGCAGCAUCGCUUCUCCUCGAGAGCAAAAUGUUUUAUGUUCCUUUCUUACUCAACUCAAGUCUACUCAACUCCACACUUCUUCAGAGAUAAAUCCGGAUUUUUCACGAUUUUCAAAUUAACCUACCACCACAACAUUAUUCAACAAAACUAGCUGUUAAGUAGUACAAUUAAGAAUAGUUUGUUUUCGUUAGUCUCCAUUUUGUAGUAAAAAGCAAGGACACUGCCUCUAUGUCUGUGUUCGAAGUAUCAGUACUUUCUCCAGAAAUACUGUACUUUCUCCAACAUAGCGUGUCGUUACGUCGUACCUUCCAUUAGUUACACACAUGUUAAACAUUUAGUUGGCAUACAUUGUACUACAGAAAUAAAUACAUAGCUGAGUGUGAGGCCAUGAGAUUUGAAAUUUCAGUGGAGAAAAAGGCAAUGUGUUUGACACCUGCUAUCAAUCAACCGAUAUAGUGCUAGAAAAAUUGAUCCUCAUAAACCAAAACUCAAGUUUUAAUUUUACACAUCCUGCUCUAAUUUACUUGAAAAAUCUUGGUAUACUUUCCCCUUUAUCUCCAUAUAAUCUCCAAAAAAACACUUUACAUAGCGUAGCAGACGGCGAUGACGACAUGCAUAAAAAAUGUUAUUAAAAGUACAAGCAAUCAUCGUCUUGAUGAUCAUUAAAAAUAUAUUCUAUGACCGUAGAUGAAUCAAUUUCGUGUAAUGUUACAUCUUGAAUAUAUUAUAUAUUUCUCAUUGCCAGAUUUCAUUUUUUGUAGUACACACCCCACACUUCUCAAUCACCUAAUCUUUAUUUUGUUUUAUUUUGUGUAUCCAAAUCCAAAUAAUAGUUUAAUUAUUAUUACUAUAUAGUAACAGUUACUGCAUCUUCCUAUUAGUCAGUAGUAAUAAUAACUAUGUAUGUAACUACUACAAAGUCAUAUUAUUGUGUAUCCAACACCCAACUUGGCAUGUACAUUUGUAAUAAUAUUACAUCUUUAUGGUUUUAUCGUACGUAUAGAAUUUUCCACGCAUUUCAUGAGAAAUAUAAUAGAAUAGAUAAUAUGAAACAAAAAAGUGUAGCCUGGUUUAUGGUAUUUGAUAUAAAUGGCGUCUGGAAUAUCUAUAUAUAAAAUAUUGGGUUAUUAUUGUUGGUUCUUGAAGGAAGGGUCCUAUUUAUACUGACGUGCUUUAAACUCUAGUUAAAUUAAUAAGGGGUUAGGUAAUUAGAGUUAGAUGGGGACGAUGUACAGUAAGUUUGGGGUGGGUGAGUGGGCGGUUAGCUAAAUUAGUCGGUCGAAAAUGGGGGACAAGUCCGAUGCAAGGUUAUUAUUCACGCUGAGGAUGAGCAUAGUUUGCUGGAUGAUGAGGUAGAUGAGGUGCAACUGACGAGAAUAAUUAACUCUGGAUGUCUUUAUAAUAAUACCAAAACCACCUACAUACACACUUCUAAAGUAUCUUUAAGUUAAGUACGUACUGCUGUUGAACUGUUACAAUUGCUAUGUAUAUAAAAUUAGGCAGAUAACUAAGAUUGCUUUACCGCAUAUGCAUUAUUACAUAUUCUGCUGGAAAAGGGUGUAGGAAAAUUACUUAAGACUUAUUACGUUAUUACUACUACUGUCUAUUACUGAAUAUUAUUGAUACGUUGUGUAGUCAUCAGAUUUUAUAGAAAUAGAGGUACAUACAUAUAUUAAACAUUUAUAAUUAUGCAAGAGAGAAAUACGUAUUGCAAAGUGAUUUCUCGGAGGAAAAGCAGUCUGUGAAUGAAUCUAUGUAAAAAAUUGUAAAUGUACAAGAGAUGAUACACAUUAUUAUAUAAAAUUAUAAACAAAAGUUUUUAACUGAACACACCUCAUCUCUCUCUCAGCCUCAUUUUAUUCGUCUCUCCAUUUAUUUACACACGUCUCACAACAACUAAAUUUACAUAAAUAAUACGUAUGACACUGCACCACUCUUGGUCACAUAAUUGUUAUCCUGAAAAAAACGUGACCUUGAACUAUUUUAUGAUUUUGGAGGCAGCAAUUAUGCUUGCUCCAAUUAAAGAAUUCAAAGAUACUAAAAAGUUUGCAAAUGAAAUUCGAAGUUUUUGUAUACGUACACGCAUGCAGUUUUUUUGUAUCAAAUAACAAUUAUGAUAGUUGAUUUCACAAUCAAAACUGAUCUCUUGAAAAAUUUCAUAAAAAUUAACUUUUUACAUAUAUGAGAGCCAUACUAUAAAAAUGAAACUUUGAAACCUGAUUGAUGUUUGUAAUAACUAAUAGGCUAGGCUAGUUUAUAUGUAAGUUUUUGAUUGAGUGAGAGUAAUAGUGUAUUAGAUGCAGUGUGAAGAUGAAAUAAAAAUAAUUUCUCCAACUAA